GCUAGACCUGGUCACACCAUAAAUGUGGCCAGGUUAUUCACAAUUAGGAUCUCUUCCGUUUUAUUUCCAGGGGAUGCAAGCAUAUUGAUAUUUUUUGUUAUCUGAUCUGUUAUUUAAGAUAUGUGAAUUUGCAACGAGGAAAUAAUAACAAAAGUCAUGACAGCCCCGUAGUUUUCUGACAUAACUUCCUGUCCAUAGGCCAUCAUGCAUGAACAGUUUCUUUAACUUUGUUUUUUCUUACAGACAGUUGAAAUAUAGUUUGAGGAAAUAAAUAAUGAAAUGAAACGUGAGGCAGUCUGCCAACCUCUGGAGGUAUUAGACUGCAGUUCCCAUCAUUCCCAAUCAUACUGGCUGGGUAUUAGGGAGUUGCAGUUGACCACACAGCGGUUGUAGAUUGAGGAAGGCAAAUAGAACUUUGAAACGAAGUUCUAUUCGCUACUUCAUUAUUUCUCCUUGAGGCCGAUAAUUAAAACUGCAUGUAAACUUUAGAGCUGUUUUCAGGCAUGAAUUUCAAAGAAUUUAUCCAAGCAUUUGUAAUGCUGAGUUCUGCUAUUCCUUUUUCAUAACCAAAGCACUUUUUCUGAAUAAAACCAGAGGCUCACUCCAUUCUUAACACUCUUGAAAGUGUGACUUUUAGGGAGCCAAAGAAUGCAAAGUGCCUGUCCACUGAGGUUUCUGGAUGGGUCACUGCUCUGGCUGCCGUCUCCUGAUUCAUCCAGAGAUGCAACAGAUGUCAGCGCUGGGUUGAGAACUGCCGAAGAGCUGAUCUUGAAGAUAAGACGCCAGACCAGCUGAACAAGCAUUACCGACUCUGCGCAAAACACUUUGAAACAUCGAUGAUAUGUCGAAGUAGCCCUUACAGGACCGUCUUGCGAGACAACGCUGUGCCCACGAUAUUUGACCUCACGAGCCAUUUGAACAAUCCGCACAGCAGGCACAGGAAGAGGAUUAAAGAGCUGAGUGAAGAAGAAAUCAGAACCCUAAAGCAACAGAAGAUUGACGAAGCUUUUGAACAGGAGAAGACCAAUCAGGAGUCUGUCGACAACGACAUCCAGAACCCAGCUUCCGAUGAAGGUGCUGAUGAGCCAGUAGAAGAGGAUGUCCCUUUAACCCAAGAGGAGAGGGAAAACAAAGACUACCUUAAAUCUUUAUUUGAAAUUUUAAUUUUGAUGGGGAGGCAAAACAUCCCUUUGGACGGCCACAAUGCCGACGAACUCCCCGAAGGCAUCUUCACUCCAGACAAUUUCCAGGCUCUCUUGGAAUUCAGGAUAAAUUCUGGAGAUGAGGUUUUGAGGAAGCGGUUUGAGACGACUGCUGUGAAUCUGGCUUAUUGCUCAAAAGCCCAACAGAAGCAGAUGCUGGAGAUCUGCGAAAGCUGCGUGCGGGAAGAAACGCUCAGGGAAGUCAGAGACUCUCACUUCUUCUCUAUCGUCACGGAUGAAGUGGUGGAUCUAGGCAGUGAGGAACACUUGCCGGUGUUGGUGCGAUUCGUCGAUGAUUCCCACAACCUGAGGGAAGAGUUCAUUGGGUUCUUGCCUUACGAGGCAGACCCAGAAAUCUUAGCUGUCAAGUUCCAUACAACCAUAACUGAAAAAUGGGGCUUAAACAUGGAAUAUUGCCGGGGACAAGCCUACAUUGUCUCUAGCGGCUUUGCUUCAAAAAUGAAGACCGUGGCGACAAGGAUCUUGGAAAAAUACCCCCAGGCUGUAUAUACCCUCUCCUCCUCCUGUGCCUUGAACAUUUGGCUAGCCAAAUCAGUUCCUGUGUUGGGUAUUUCCAUUGCACUGGGGACCAUAGAAGAAGUGUGCGUGUUUUUCCACCAGUCGCCCCAGUUGCUUGUGGAUUUGGACAAUGUUAUUUCUCUCCUCUUUCAGAACAGUGAAGGAAAGGGGAACGAGCUAAAAGAAAUUGUCCGUUCCCACUGGACGGAGCGGCAUGAUACUUUUGAGAUUGUCGUGGACCUCCUCCAGGCACUGGUGCUAUGCUUGGACGGCAUUAACGAGGCUUCGGUUCGGUGGAGCAGCUCGCUCGCGGGGCGGGCGUACAUACUCGCGACAGCCCUCGCCGACUUCGACUUCGUUGUCACCGUCGUGAUCAUCAAGAACAUCCUGUCCUUCACACGGGCUUUCGGCAAGAACCUCCAGGGUCAAACGUCGGAUGUCUUCUUCGCGGCCAGCAGCUUAACGGCCGUGUUGCAUUCCCUGAAUGAAGUGAUGGAUAACAUUGAAGUUUACCAUGAAUUCUGGUUUGAGGAAGCCACAAACCUGGCAACCAAACUGGACCUGCCCAUUAAGCUCCCGGGGAAGUUUAGCCGAGCCCAGCAAGGGAACCUGGGCUCCGAAAUAACCCCCGAGAAUUACUACAAAGAAGCACUUAGCAUUCCAACCGUGGAGCACAUAAUUCAGGAACUGAAGGACAUCUUCUCUGAGCAGCACCUGAGGGCGUUGAAGUGCUUGUCUUUGGUGCCCUCCGUCAUGGGGCAGCUCAAAUUUAACACUUCGGAGGAGCAUCAUGCCGACAUGUACAAAAACGACCUGACCAAUCCGGAUACGCUGUCUGCAGAACUUCAUUGCUGGCGGAUCAAGUGGAAGCACCGCGGGAAGGAUAUAGAGCUUCCCACAACCAUUUACGAAACCCUCCACCUGCCUGAUAUCAAGUUCUUCCCGAACGUGUAUUCCUUGCUCAAGGUUUUGUGCAUCCUCCCAGUUAUGAAGGUGGAGAAUGAGAAAUUUGAAAUCGGCAGGAGGCGCUUGAAGGCCUACCUAAAGAACACCUUGACUGAGCAGAGGUCGAGUAACCUUGCCCUGCUAAACAUAAACUUUGAUAUUAAACAUGACUUGGAUUUAAUGGUCGACACGUACAUCAAACUGUAUCCAGUCAAAGUGGAAUUCCAAGAAGAAUUCCUCCCAUCCAACAGUUCAGAAGCAACAGAGGAGACCUAACAGAUAUGGGGAGGGGGAAAGAAGCCCUGGUCUGUUUGGGGUCCUCUUGUUUCCUUUUGUUUUUUUAAGAGAAAGGGUUUCCGAGGCAGUGGAGUAAUUGCUGUGAGGAUUCUUCCGUUUUAGGUGUGUCUCUUCGAAAGAAGCUGUGAGCAGUUGACCCAGAGCGGUUUUUGUUUUGCUUGUUGAUCUGCUCUGGUUAAUUAUUCUGUAAAGCUCUAAAAGAAUACAGGAUGUUAAGCUUUGGGUAUGACCGUGCGUCGGUUUCCCUUUUGCCAUUAAAGUGGAAUGGAGUUUUAUUUCGUCACUUUGAGAAAGCCCUGUGCAAGUGCACAGAAGGUCCUCUUACGUUCAGCCAUACUUACAGUCAAAUAACUGAAAAGACCCCCUUUUAAAUUAGCAAAACAGAUGGAUUGUCCUUUUGCUUCUUGACCAGGAAGAACACACUAAAUUGUGUGAAUUUAAACUAUUGGGAUGCCUUUUGGUUUGGCCUAUUACAACCUUCCCUAAGCUAGGACCCUUCGGAUGUGCUGGGACUACAACUCCCAGCAUCUCCUCAGCCAGCUACACUGGGAGUUAAAGUCCCAGCACAGCUGGAGAGCCCCAGUUUGAAGAAGCCUGGCCCGGUACAAACACAGCAAUGCUGUUGUCCAAAUUUGAUGUCUUUUCCGUCUCUGGAAUUAGAUCGCACAGGAAUUCCUGGGCCUCUGAUGCUGCCACACAGAGGAUUUUCAGUAUGGGGGGGGCUGAAAGACAAGCACAUCCCCUCCCCUCUUCACAUGUCAAGGAUAUUUGUGUGGCCCUGACCAAGGGAUGCAUUUGUGAGUUCAGAGGUGCAUUUUAAUAAUUUCAACUCGCUUGAGCGAGAUGGCCUUUCUGCGAUUCCUCUUCUGUUGGAUUCCCUGCAUAGAGGCCCUCUUCAACAUCGUGUGCUGUUAUGAAUGGAAGAGAACUGCUUUGGGGAAUGAAACCAUCGUGUAGAAACUGUAUUCCAUGGGCAUAUAAUAGUCAGACCUGUAUGUAAGUUGUUUUUUUAAAAAAAAACUAGCUUUCUUCCAGGAAAUGAAUUGUAAACUUUAAAAUGAGCAACAAAGAGGGUGUUUUGUUUGUUUUGUUUUUUAUGUAGAUGUCAUAUGGAGAUUUUUCUGCUGGUAUUUUUUGGCAAAACGGAGACUUUUUUGUAUAGUUUAUUUCCAUGCAGAAUAAAAUGUGAUUUUGCUAUUUUA